AUGACCACCCAGAUUCCCACCAGAUUUGACAUCAACACCACCUACCGCAUGAACUCAGGCUAUGAGAUCCCUGCUCUAGGCUACGGUGUCUACCAAACCCCUGCCGCAUCGUGUGAAGAAGUGACGCUUCAUGCUUUUCGGGUUGGCUACCGACAUGUUGAUUCCGCCCGCGCGUAUCGUAACGAGCAGCCGUGUGCCGACGCCAUUCGCAAUUCUGGGCUGAAGCGAGAGGAUAUCUUUUUCACCAGCAAAGUGCCACCGAGGAGUUUGAGCUACGAGGGGGCAAAGAAGUCCAUCGAGUCGUCCUUCGCUCAAACCGGUCUCGACUACAUUGACCUUUACCUCAUCCAUUCCCCCCAUGGUGGCAAGGAAGCCCGGUGCGGGGCGUGGAAAGCACUUGCAGAAGCUCAGCAAGCUGGUAAAAUUCGAUCAAUUGGCGUCUCCAACUAUGGCGUGCACCACCUCAAUGAAUUGGAGGAGUAUAUCAAAACAUCCGGCGUUGGCGGCACCAUCGACGUCGGUCAAUGGGAGAUUCAUCCGUGGCUUCCGCGCGACGAUAUCGUGGCAUGGGCCCGCAAGCGGAAUGUUGUCGUUGAAGCAUACUGUCCCAUUGUCCGUGGCCAGCGUGCAGAUGAGCCGGUUUUGAAACAUCUCAGUGAGAAACACGGAAAGACGUGGGCUCAGAUAUUGCUCAGAUGGAGUCUGCAAAAGGGGUUUGUCCCAUUACCAAAGAGUGUCACUCCCACCAGAAUCGAGGAGAAUGCCGCCAUCUAUGACUUUGAGCUAGACGACGAAGAUAUGAAGAGUCUCGAAUUCCCAGGCUCCUACGCUCCUUGUGCCUGGGACCCAACCACCAGUCAUGACUAG